AUGGCUCUGAUACUGGCGUUUUUGUUUAGGACCCCAUUUAGGAAGCUGGUAAUAUUGGGUCUGGAUCAGAUCAAGCGCGGCCGCGGACCCAUUGUGGUCAAGACCGUGGCGGGAACGGUGCUUGUGGCGUUGAUGACUAGCGUUUACAGCAUAAUUAAGAUCAAGAAUAGUCGGAUCGACAAAGCUGCUAUUGUUAGUCCCACCGAUCAGGUCCUCAUGGUCAAGCACCUGCUUGAAGCCACUCUCAUGGGAUGCUCCCUAUUUCUUGCUCUUAUGAUAGACAGACUACACCACUAUAUUAGAGAACUUCGUAUACGAAGAAAGAGCAUGGAAGCCAUUAAGAAACAGAACAGAGGAUCUGAGGAUGGCAAAGCUAGCAGUUUGGAUGAGAUCAAAGCCUUGGAGAAUGAGAUAGCUACAUCGCGCACAAGACUCAAACAGCUAGAAUCUGAAAUUGAGACAAAGACAAAAGACGUUCAUACUGCAGAAUCCAAUGUUCUUGCUCUAAGAAAACAAUCGGAAGGGUUUCUUCUUGAAUAUGAUCGAUUACUUGAGGAAAAUCAAAACUUAAAGAACCAGUUAAAGUCGUUGGACCGGAAAAUGUCACGUUCAGGUAGUAAGAAAGAUUCAUAA